AUGGAGGCCAGCUCCACCAGCCUCAAGAGGCUGAAGUUUGGGAAGCUGAAGGUGGUGCGCCGGCGCUUGCUGCAGAGGUACGAGCACCAGCCCUUCGUCUCCUGCCUGGCCGGGUUCUACAGCUGCCGCUGGAAGCGCUACCAGCGCAGGAAGACCGAGCCCGGGAAGUGCUGCUGCAAGACGAGGGAAUGUGUGUUCUUCCCAUUGCUUGUUGGAGCUUUCUGCUUUUCUCUCGUCUUUCUGUACAUGUGGGGUGAAGCAAAAAACGACUACAACAACUUUGACUGGUACAACUAUGGGAACCUGGGCUUCUGGUUUCUCUGGUCUCUUGUUCUCCUGAUUGUGGCUGCCAUCCUCUUCAUGUACAUCACACUGUUACUGGUCCUAGCCCUGUGCUUGCUUGCAGAAGGCCAGCAGCUAUACCUACACUGGAGCCACAAGAUUGGGACUUUUCUUGUUCUUGGCUUCUCUGUCACAGCCCUCUUCAUUUUAUCAGUACUUUGGGGAGAUCAAUGGAAAACUGUCCGCCUGUCAUUCCAGAUCACAGCUCCCUAUCUCCACAUAGGGGCAAUAACCCUCAUGGUCCUCCUCUCCUGGCCCGUGGCUCUUCAUGCUAUCAGAGCAGACAAGAAAGUUGUUCAGGUGAUAAUUGUUGGUCCAUACCUGGCUAUCCUUCUCUUUCUUUUCUUGAUACCUCUGGGGAUGUACUCUCCUUGCAUCAGAGAGAUGGGGACACUUGGGCCAAAGCCAGCCCUCAUUGGACACCGUGGAGCACCAAUGCUGGCACCAGAAAACACUGAGAUGUCAUUUCAGAAGACCAUUGAACAUGGUGGAGAUGGUCUUGAAACAGAUGUCACCAUCAGCUAUGAUGGUGUUCCUUUCCUCAUGCAUGACAGCACCCUGAGGAGGACAACUAACAUCAAAGAGGUCUACCCCAAUGACUCUACUCAAAAUGCUGCUUUAUUCUCCUGGGAUACUCUGCAGGAGUUGAAUGCUGGGACGUGGUUCCUUAAGGACAAGCCAUUUUCCUACAUGGGCUCACUCUCAAGGGCAGAGCAGGAGCAGGCAAUGAAUCAGUCCAUUUGCACGCUCAGCGCGUUCUUGCGCCUGGCAGAGAGUCAGAACAAACUUGUGAUCUUUGACCUCUACCGCCCUCCAGAGAAACAUCCUUACAGGAACUCCUGGAUCAACAGAACCCUGGAGGUCAUCCUCAACGAGUCAGGGAUUAGACCUCAUCUGGUCCUAUGGCUGGAGAAUGACAUGAGGUCCUUUGUUCAAUCUGUGGCUCCUGGCUUUCAGCAGACAAUGGGCAGUAAGGCCCCAGUUGAAGACUUAUUGAUGGACAACAUUGUCAAGCUCAACCUGGCCUACACUGAAAUGUCCAGUGAAGAUAUCCGGAAAUAUGCUGAGGCAAACAUUACCACCAACCUCUAUGUGGUCAAUGAGCCAUGGCUAUUCUCCCUGGCAUGGUGCUCUGGAGUACAUUCUGUGACCACUGAUGCUGUCCACACACUGAAGAAUCUCAGCCAACCACUCUUCCUCAUGACGCCGCAGCAGUACAACAUCAUGUGGAUCCUGACAGAUCUGACCUCUCUGCUCCUCAUCUCGCUCAUCUUUGCUCUGCACUGGUGGCGAGAGCAGAGUUUCUCCUGCUGUGCCCAUGACAAUGGCCAGAUUCUGGAAAGUGGCACCUACAACAAGUUCAGGACAGAGCUCAGCGACAUGCCGACCGUCAUGGCUUGA